UGCCAAUCACGAACCGACCUUUUAAGGGGUUUUGAAUAUUUUUACAAGGCUCUCAGAAUGUUAAAUUUGCAGAGGGCAGUUUCUUAUUCAGCAAUGGCCGUCGAGUUAGCUCCGCGGUAUCGAAAUUUCUCCAAUAGAGUUUUCCCUUUCUGAUUCUAAUUCUCUUCCUCGAUUCCGUAGCAUGAUUGUGCCUUUAGGGUUUAAUAACAUUUUCAAAUAUCGAACAUCAAUCGCUCCUCUUUCCCAUCGUCCCAACAAAAUCUUUGAGUUUUUGUUGUGUAGUUCAGAAAAUUGCUGCAUUCUGAAGAACACAAGAGCUUUCAACCAUGGAUCACAGAAGUCACCAUUUAGAAACCGUGGUUUCGAUCCCAAAGCUCCUCUUUCAUUCUUCCGAAAUAUGGGUUCUGUGCGAAAGAAUGUCAUGUUCCUCGAGAAAUGGAAUCCAUCCUGUAAUGGCAUCAAUGGGUUUACUUCUGUUGUGGAGUAUCGUUGGAUUCAUACGGAUAAAUCGUCCGAGCCUUUAGAGAAAAGUGAGAGGAAAUCUGCUAUUGCUUCUACAGAUGGAAGUAGAAAUGAGGAGGAGAAGAAGAAGACGAGGAAAAAGCUGAAGGGUAAAAGAGCUGUCGUAAGGUGGCUUAAGUUUUUCAGGUGGAAGAAGAAGAAAGAGUAUGAGAGAAUGACGUCGGAAGAGAAAAUUCUCUUCAAAAUGAAUAAGGCACGUAGAAAAGAGAAAAGGCUUGUUGAAGCUCUGGAAAAAAUUGAGCCUGCCGAUUCAUCAGAUACAACCCAUGAUCCAGAGAUAUUGACACCAGAGGAACACUUCUACUUUCUGAAGAUGGGUAUCAAGGGAAAGAAUUACGUGCCGGUUGGAAGACGUGGUAUAUAUCAAGGUGUAAUUCUGAAUAUGCAUCUUCACUGGAAGAAGCAUCAAACUGUGAAGGUGGUGGUAAAGACGUUUUCACCGGAAGAGGUCAAAGAGAUUGCUGCCGAGCUAGCAAGAUUGACCGGAGGGAUGGUGCUGGACAUUCACGAAGAGAAUACCAUAAUUAUGUAUAGGGGGAAGAACUACUCACAGCCACCCACAGAGAUAAUGUCGCCGAGGGUGUCUCUCUCUCGGAAGAAGGCUUUGGAUAAAUCUAAAUAUAGGGACGGCCUUCGAGCAGUGAGAAAGUACAUUCCCAAACUUGAACAAGAGCUUAGGUUGUUACAAUCUCAGGCUAAACUGAACUCCAAGAGCAAUGGUGAUUCUAUUGAACAUGUGCAAGAAACCGUCAAUGACACAGAUAAAUCCAAUGCCAUUUCAAGCCUCAACUUGGAGAAUUUGGACAAGUCGAAGGAAGCCGUAAGAGUUAGCAAACACUGGUCUGAUGAUUCUUCUCCUCUGGAUACAGGAAUGAGUUCAGACUCAGAGGAUUUGUCGGAUAUGUUUGAGACAGAUUCCGAUUCAGAAGCUGAUGAGAAGAUGGAACAGCCUCUAUAUUUGAAAGAGUUUGAAAAGUUUGCAGCAGAAACUGAAGGCGAAACUGAAGACCUUCAUGAUCAACUUAGACAGAUAUCCAUGGACUCUAAGCAAGCGAAAAUAUUGGAGAAAGAUGUAAAUUCAGCCGAAUUUGACGAGGUCGAUCGAUUGUUCUUGCGUUCAGCAUCACUGCUAAAGAAAAGAAGAAGAUAGACAAUGGCUUGCCAAAUCUAGCAAGUCUUCUUCUUUUGUUACGAUGAGGAGCAAGAGUGCGAAUCGGGGAGCACGAUAGAGAGCGAGAGCGAGAAUCAACGAGUGAGAUCGAGGAUUGGGGAGCAAGAGUGAGAAUCAACAAGCGAGAGCGAGAAUCAAGGAGCACGAUGGGGAGCAAAAGUGAGAAUCAAUGAGCAAGAGUGCGAUGGAGAGUGAGAGUGAGCAUAGGGGUGUGCGAUAGGGAGCGAGAGCGAGAAUCGAAAGAGAUAAUGACUUCGAGUGACAGGCCCUUGCGCGCAUCUAGCGUCAGGUUAGUAAUUUCACGUAGCGAUGACGUAAGUAGAAGGCCCUUUCUCCUUUCUUUUUUAAUCUUGGAUCAUUUUUCAUUUAGGCCCCUCAAAUAAGACCAUCUAUCCAUCGGAUCCAUAAUAAAUAAGCAUGAAAAGGAGGAGAAAGAAUAUAAUUACAUGUAUAAGAAACAGGAAACGAGAGCAAUAUCAAAGGACAUGUAAUUUGCAUGCCUUACUCUUGGGAAUAAUCAUUUUUUUUUUUUUUUUUAAGUUUCACUAAUUCAUUUUAUAUUCAUUCAAUAUGUACGACUAU